UCCAGGGAAAAGAGGUAAGCGGGGCAGAAGAGGAGAGACUGGACCUCCUGGUCAGCCUGGUCCUCAAGGCCCUCCUGGUCCAAAAGGCGAGAAGGGAGAUCAAGGUGAUCAGGGCCCUCGGAUGGUGUUUCCUAAAAUCAAUCAUGGGUUUCUCUCUGCUGAUCAGCAGCUCAUUAAACGCCGCCUCAUUAAGGGGGACCAAGGACAAGCUGGACCCCCUGGACCUCCGGGGCCACCAGGACCCAGAGGUCCCCCAGGAGAUACUGGGAAAGAUGGUCCUCGAGGGAUGCCUGGCAUUCCGGGUGAGCCAGGAAAGCCAGGUGAACAAGGGUUGGCAGGACCUCAAGGGCCUCCAGGACAAAAGGGUUCUGUUGGAGUGCCUGGUGUUCCUGGGAAAGAUGGACAAAUGGGAGAACCUGGUUUGCCUGGCAUAGCGGGGGAGAAGGGAGCAGCGGGGCUUAAGGGUGACCCUGGAGAAAGAGGAGAAAAGGGUGAUGCUGGAGAAAAUGGACCAAAGGGUGACACAGGAGAAAAGGGUGAUCCUGGUUCAUCUGCUGCAGGAAUUAAGGGUGAACCUGGUGAAUCAGGACGGCCCGGACAAAAGGGUGAACCAGGUCUUCCUGGGCUUCCUGGACUCCCUGGGAUAAAGGGUGAACCAGGCUUCAUUGGUCCACAGGGAGAACCCGGGCUGCCAGGGUUACCAGGAACAAAGGGUGACAGAGGAGAGGCAGGCCCUCCUGGGAAGGGUGAGCGAGGUGAAACUGGACUUCCAGGACCAAAGGGGAGAACAGGUGAACCUGGAUCUAGAGGCCCCAAAGGGUCAAAGGGUGAUACAGGCAACAGAGGUGACACGGGAUCUGCAGGUCCACAGGGGCCACCUGGACAGAAGGGUGAUCAAGGUGCUACAGAGAUAAUUGAUUAUAAUGGCAAUAUUCAUGAAGCUCUACAGAGGAUUGCCACCCUCACUGUCACGGGACCACCAGGACCACCGGGACCCCAAGGGCUGCAAGGUCCAAAGGGUGAGCCAGGAUCCCCAGGAAUUCCUGGAGUUGAUGGGGAACAGGGUCCUAAAGGACUAAAAGGAGAUAUGGGUGAACCUGGAAUGCAUGGAGAAAAGGGAGGAAUUGGACUACCUGGAUUGCCAGGAGCCAAUGGCAUGAAAGGUGAAAAAGGAGAUGCUGGUUUGCCUGGUGCCCAAGGCCCUUCGAUCAUAGGACCUCCUGGACCUCCAGGGCCACAUGGUCCUCCGGGCCCUAUGGGACCUCAUGGCUUACCUGGCCCGAAGGGUGAACCAGGGUUAAAUGGUCUUAAAGGAUUGAAGGGUGAACAAGGUCAAAAGGGUGACAGAGGGCCCCUUGGUCUUCCAGGUAUAGAUGGCCCAGUUGGUCCCCAUGGCCCUGCAGGCCCUAAAGGAGACAGAGGUGAAAAGGGAACUGUAGGUGACCCUGGACCCAGAGGACCCUAUGGCUUGCCUGGCAAGGAUGGCGAGCCUGGCCUUGAUGGUUUCCCUGGUCCUCGAGGAGAAAAGGGUGAAAUAGGAGAAAAGGGAGAAAAGGGGGAAAAGGGAAAGAAAGGCAAAAAGGGGCCUAAAGGGGAGAAAGGAGAACAGGGUGCUCCUGGAUUAGAUGCACCUUGCCCAUUGGGUCCUGAUGGAUUACCAAUGCCUGGCUGUUGGCAAAAGUGAUGAAUCUAACCUUACGAGCAUGAAGUUGUGUAUAUAGUGCUCCACUUUUUGUAUUUAUAGUUGAAAAUGGAAAAUUUGAUUUUACAAGUCUGAGAGAUGUUUACAUGUAGCUGCUUCUACUUGUUUGCAAUAGUCCAUGUGUACAUCUUUUUUCACUUACAUCUGCAGUUAGAUGAUAUAUAACUGCAGGACAAACCUGCAAAGAUUGUCUCUCUAGAGAUACCUAUACAGCGAUCAAUAACAUAAAUCUGAUUACUUCUGCAAAUUCUUAUAUUUUGGCUUGUGGACCUGCAUGGACAAUGAGUGCCAUGAACUAGUUUACAAGAAAUUGUGACCAAAUAAGAGCUAAAUGCUAUGAAAUGUACUGUACCAGCUGCCAUUGGAGUUUACUGACUUGGCUUCCAUGCCCAUCUUAAACGCUUCACUGAUUCAUGCCACUACAUCUGCUUCUACAGACUAAAAGCAUGAGUUUGUGUGCCAAGCCUGCUUGUUGUGUGAUCACGUCACAUGCUAAAUGGCUGCUCACGGUGACCUUUGAUUCCAGCUUCUGAAUUGUUUCCUUUUGUCAUCUCAAGGGAGUCACACCAUGGCUUAUUGCUAAAAAGAGAUAAAGCAGAGGAGGAUAGAAAGAGGCCUUGAAUUUUUGGGGAACAAAGUUCCGGCUGCAGGUGGAUGGCCUCCAGUCUUGUGGGUCCCGCCUGUCAAUCAGCAUCAGUUUGCCUAGCACUGCUCACAGUCAUGAAGACAUUCGUGAUAGGCCCUGUUGAGUGCUUAAUCAAGGAGGAGGGAAGGUUGAAGAAGAAACCAGGCUUCUCUGUGGGUUGUUUGGAAAGGCUACAGAGAUGCUGCGGGGAUCGCCUGAGACCAGAAGCUUCUCAGCCUUACUCAAGGAUUGGCACAGUCUGUGCUGUGUUUGUUGUAUUUGGGGACUGCUGAAGGAAGAAGCAUCCUUGAGACAGGGACAAAUCGAAACACCCUCACUGGGAGGAUAAUAGAACUGACCAGAUCCGUGCGUACCAUGGUGUGGUUUUCAGGUGAUGCAAUUUAAAUGACAUAAAACUAGCUGAACUUCUCUGCAGAAUUUUGGAAGCUAUGGUUAGUUUUCCUGUAACGGUUGCCAUGAAGGACACAUUUCAAUAAUCUAUUCAACAUUUGUGGUAUUGGCGUUGAUGGAAAUACUUCAAGUCGCACAUUCAUCUUGUUUCAGUAUUAACCAUCUUUUUUUCUUUACAAUCUUUAAAGCCUUUAAAUGUAAGAAAGAAAAGAGUUUAUUUUUGUUUCACAGGCUUACUUACUCACCUCGUUCUUUUUCUGCUGUUUUGAUGACCUUAGUGGACAUUGUCACCCAUAAAACAUUGGAGAGAAAUAAGUCUGUGAUGACUGCUGCACAUGUCAUCAUACCGCACUGUUCCAGCUGUGGUUAUUUCUCCCCUUCUGUUCAGGUGAUGAAGUUUCUAGAGGUACAUUGGAAAAAUUUUCCUUCUCUGUUUUUUUUAUUAUUAUUAUUACUAGAAAUACUUAAUUCAUGCACAUUUGUAUAGUUUUUGCCUCAAGGUUUUUCUUUUCCAGUUUUGAGUCUUCAUAUGGUGCACUGUAGUUGGAGAGAUUAGUCUGAGAGAUGGUGCCAUAUUUGACAGAUGGAAAUUCUUUUUUAAAUCACUUCAGAUUCUAGUAGAUAGUAGGGUGUUCACAAACUUUUUAAGUUACUUUUCUGAGCGUUGUCUUUCAUAUGUAGACCAAAACUAAAAUCGAGGAAGGCAGGCUGUCUCCAUCCAUGUGUGGGCAUCUUGCCCUCUUGGAAUACACAUUUUUUCUUGCUCAGUCAUUUCAAAGUUGUGAAGAUGGGGACCUGCUGUAGUUGCACUUUUCGUACCGCUUUUCAGUAUCAGAUCAAUAUAUAGCCACUCUAAUGCUGUCUUUCACUCUGCUGAAAAAUUAUUGCCAUCUUGGUGUAUCAGAGACAAGAACAGAUUUUCUUGGGGGUAGAAAUCUUUCACAGAUUUUUUUUUUGUUUUAAGAAAGAUUAUUUUAGUGGCCUCUAUCUAAUACUACCUUACUAACAACGAAAGUCCAACAUUAUUUGUGUGUAUAUAUAUACAUAAUAUAAUAUAUAUAUUUACGGCUCAAUCCCAUCUUUCCAACAGUAAGAUAUAAACAAAUGUUCACAUAUAUGAGGAAAAAUACAUUUAUUUGCUUAAAUUCUCAGAAAUGCAAGUAUGAAUCUAUUUGAAUAAUUACAUUUACAAUAAUAAAAGCCUUUACGUGUCAUAGAUUCAUGUUAACAGAGUGCUACAGCACUAAUGUGAGCAAGGGACUUCCCACAAAGGGGACAAGAGGAGCAUCAUGUAUAAAUCAUGAAUGAUUUAGUCGCCAGAUUGCUUCUGCUUGCUUAAGAAGUGCUGUCCCAAAAAAGCAGUGUUGAGGAUCAAGCUGCUCUCCUGACAAGAAGCAGCUCCUCAUGCCUAUGCUCUGACUUGGCAUGUUUUGGGCUACCCAUAUUACAGAUGCAAAGACAAGCAGUUGCAUGUUUUUAUAAAAGAUCAAAUACUGGCAAUCAUACAUUAAGAUCAGAUUUAUUUAUAUUUGAAAGGUCCCUCUGAGUAUUCAAAUGGAAAAUAAAGUGGGAUGUUUAUUAUUUGGCUAGACAUCAUUUGGCAAUGCCAUAUUGAGAGUGUCUACAAACACAACGUACUUAUUUUAAGAAAUAGCAACAGAACGAGCUAUGCAUUUGCAUGCUGUCAUUAGCACUUUGAUAUUUUUUAAAUCUGUAUAUCUAUAUUUUUAAACUGUCCUGAUGGCAUCCAUUUCUAUAUGCAUCAAUAAAGCCAGCAGAACUUUGGUUCACAGUUUCUUCAUUCAGGAAAGCAGUUUUAUAGAUUCUACUGUUAAAUAUUAGUCAAAACACAUUUCUCCUCAAACUCCUUGACAGUGAGACCCCACUGAUGAAACACUUAAGCACCUUUACUCACUUUCUUUUCUGUCUUGCAAAAUGAUUUAUUUCUUUAACUCCUGCCACAUAAGAAUAAGGAAUACCGUUGUGGUUUUUCUGGUUGUUAUUUUGUUUUUGGUUUUGUUUUUGUUUUUUUCAGAUAGUCUAAUUUAACUUUUUAAAGCCUACUGUUCUUUUUCAUGGAAAGUUCAUUCCACAUAAAAGACCAUGGAUAAUUUCACAGGUUAAACUACAUAGAUUUGAUGCUAAGAUAUGCAUAAAAUGUUUCAUCUUGUAAGAUUUACUGGAAAAUGAAACCUGACAGUAUCUAGAAAAGUUGUGUUCAGUACAAAAAAAAAAAAAAAAGGGAGCUCAGUUUAAUAUUUCAUCAAGAGAAGCACCCUGUGAAGACUUGCAACAUGUUUAUUUUCUAAAAAGCAAUUGCUUUUGGUGCUAGUAUAUCUUUUUUUCUUUUCAGGGCAAAGCUGCGGCUUGAACCACCUUGUGUGUUAUGUCUUUUAGUGGCAUUCCUCCAAAUAGAUAAUUAUUUGAUUUGCUUAGUUUGGGACAGGAGCAGUAGUUCCUCUCCCACUCUUUUCAGUUGUAGAAAUGUGUAGCGGUGUUAGUCUACACCAUUUCUAUACCCCUGACCUUUUCAGGUAUGAUUAGUUCCCUUUUCUUUGAGAGUUUUCAGUAUUUGUUUCAGAUGAAGUUUUGUAAGCAUCUGUUACUCAAGUGUAGCAUAACCACAUUGUGCAGAAAUCCUGCUACAGAAGCAGUAAGUCUUUUUAAGCACUGUACGAAAUAUGUCUGACAUUGGUCCUUGUCUUCAUAUUCAUCGGUUAGUAUGUGGAACCUUUUUCAGGAUGUUUUGGACACUUUUUUAUUUUUCCUCAGUUAAAGCAUGAAAUUUUAACUCAUGGAACAAAUAUACAAUGUAUUUUUGAUCUAUAUUUUUUAUUUAUUGCUGAUUUUGAUGUCACCUUCUGGUAUUGUAUCAAGGCAGAAUUACGCUCUUCAUCCAGCUGUUUAGAUACUCUUUUUGUCUACCGUUUAAGUAUUAUGAACGAGUUGCAGAAUAAUCAAAUGCACACGUGUCAAGUACUCUCAUGGAAAUACUUGGAUUAGUCACAUACAGUGUGGCAAGAUAGCUUUGGAUCCGUUAAGGGUUAGUUGUAGAAGCAUGCAUGUGGGCAUUUGUUACUCAGUUGUGCCAAUGGAAAAGAUGAUGCAACACCAAUGGAAAGAAGCGGUCCUUAUGGGAAGGUUGUGUAAGGCUGGGGGCUGUGUCAGGACCCUGGACCCAGCCAGCAUUUAGAGUUGCACUGACUGUUGCACAGCUGGAAUUUUACACCGGGGCUCAGCCGUGCAAGGUUCUUCACUUGGCUGUGCUUUGCUUUCGCUAGCACCAGACCAAGGAGAGUGACCCAUCCUUCCCUUGCAAAGAAUGUAUUGUGUAGUAACAAGGGGAAUAUUAGCAACUUCAGGUGAUUUUUAAGCACUGCUGGCUGCAUAAAUCAGGCAAAACACUUUGCUCACUACUGUCAGUAAAAGCUGGGGAUCCACUCCCGAAUGUGAUCAAGAUGCUAAAAGACACACAGUAGUUGACUUUCGAGUUUCCUUUUCUCUGCUACUUAACCACCUUAAAUUUCAUUUGCAAAUCUCUGUAUUUUACCUGAAGAGAGACCUAAAUUUUCACACUGAAGAGUGAUACAAAUCACUAAUAUCUGCAACAACAGUGGUCAAAAGAAAGUCGGAUUUUUAGUCAUAGCAAAAUAAUAUUCCAUUACAGUGACCAGAAUCAUGACAAACACCUGGCUUAUUCAUUUUUUUCCCUUUCUGCAACUUUUAUGAAUCUGAAUGUUGCUGUAAUGUGUAAAUGAAGGUUUUCUUGCAUCUUCUGUAAUUGAAGUAUUUUACAUGGUGGUUGGAGUCAUUAAAUGAUGUUGGAAACAAGUGCCUGCCACCAUCAUUUCUGAUAGAAUUUGAGAGCGAUACUCCACAAAACCAGUGGAGUUUGUAUUAUAAAAAAAAAAAAAAAAAAAAAAAAAAAAAAAGGAGUUGGAGUGUUGUUUUAUUUUUGUUCUAUUCUUAAGAUGCAUCCAGUUAUCAGUGCUGCUUGGAAAUAGAAUUUUCUUUGGAAAACAGGGGGCCUUAACUUAACCUGGGACCGUUAGUGUUUUACUUGUUUCUAUUUAAAAAGGACAUUGUAUGAAUUUCCCAGAUACCAUUGGUACUUGCACACUUCUCAGAAGUAUUAUGAAGAGCUGGGCUGGUGGAAGGAUGUUUUACAUAUUGUUAACAUAUAUGUGGAUAUUCUUAUAUUAUUGUACAUGUUUGGGAAAAUAUCACACAACUUUAAAAAUGUUACAAAGAUGUAUGUAUCUGAUUUUUUCCUUUGGAAAAUAUUAUAUAUUUUUAUUUGUAUUUUUUACUUUUUUAAGUUCAUCUAUAUGUGCAGUUAUUUUUGUAUUGCGAAUGGUCUCAUAAAUGCAGUAGAGGAGAUAAAAUACAAAGAAAAGUAAUUUGGCAAGGAUUAAACUGCUCUGGGGGGGACACAUAGGUCAGUACCACAUUAUCAAUCCUAUAAAUAUUUGGAGUGUCUUAGCCCUGUAAAUAUGUCACAAGUCCUCUGUUGAUGAAUUGCGUAAAGAAUUGCAAGGUUUUAAUCACCCAUUUUAAUUUGUUAUUAAUUACCACUUUAUUGUGGCCUCUGGUCCUCACUUAAUUGAACCUGAUCAAACAGCAUGCUUUUGUUUUUAUUAUUAAAAUUUCUCCUUGUUGUU